AUUGCCUCGUACAUAUGAUAAUCUCAUAAAAAAGGCUAUGUUAGAACAUAUUCUAGUUGCCUUAAUAAUUAUUCAACCAUGUGUAUUUUCAUUUAUUAAUAAACUGUAUGAAAAAAGAAAAUAUCAAUAUCAUCUCACUGAUAGUUAUAUAAAACCUUUAUACUUACAGAAUAUAUUUUCAACAAUCUAUUUAUUUUUAACCUUAUUUAUUUUAACUUUUAUAUUUUUUUUUGAAAUAUUAUUAAAAUAUAAAUAUAUAAGUUUUUCAUUUAUGUGGAAAACUCGAAAUACAGCAUCAAAUAUAAAUAAUAAAUAUUCUAAAGGUAUUUGGUGCAUAUGUUUACCUAUGUUAAUAUUUAAUCCUCUUUGGUUUAUAAAAGUCAUAAAUUAUAAUUUAUUUUUAAAAUGUUUUACUUACAGAUAUUUCAUAGUUUUUAAUACUUUUAGUUUAUGUAUGACCACCCUCCAAACCUUACUAAUUACUCUUAUAACCUUAUAUGGAAUGUAUAAACUAUAUUCCUUAUUUGAAAUAUGUUAUACUUACAUGAAUUUUAAAAACAAUUGCAAAUUAUGGACCAUUAAAUUAUUAUCGAUAUGUAGUAAUCAGAAGUCUAAAAAGAAGACAGAAACAGGAGAUAUAGCAGCCAAUUUAAAAUUUAUAUCAAUAAUGACUAUAUACUUCAGGUCUUGGCAUUUUUCAUUUAUGCUGGCAAGUGCAAUUUGGUGCAUCAAAUAUGUAGCAAUAUCAUUUAUAGUAUUUUUUAUGAUAAUCCCUAUAAUAAUUUGUAUAUUAAUUCUUCUCUCAGCAUUACUAUAUUUUGUGAUGACCAACAAAAAACAAUAUGAUAUUUUUUGCAAAAAGAUAAUAAAGUUUAUGCAAAGCAAAGUAUUUAAACCAUUUUUUAUUGGCAAAAAUAUACUUCUCAUAUUCCGGACCACUCCAGAUUUUCUUCCCUAUUUUUCUAUUGUUGUAUUGAUAAAUACACUAGUAAUUAUCUGUACAAUUGUGUUUGUAUAUAAAAUUUUAACAUAUAACAAAAAAAUAAAGACAGAUAAAAAUGAUAACAAUGCAAAUGAGAAAAUAUUGUUCAAAAUUGAUAUUAAUAAUUUUAAUGAAAUGUCAAAAAAGAAUGGAAAUUUUUUCACCUUAUUCACAUCUUGUUUUACCAAUGGUGAAUUUUUGAUGCUCACAACUGGGCUGUAUUCCUUCAUGACAUUGUGCCUGAAUCAUGUGACAACUCAGUUAUUUUUGAAAUUAUAUUUUAAUCAACAUAUUAUUUCAAAAUUUUUGGCCCCCAGUGAAGAUUUGCUAUGUAUGGCCUGGGUCCUUUUGCAUCCAGUCAUCUUAAUUAUGACUACAUUUAUGCUUGAUCUAAAUAACAAUAAAAAUACUCUAGUUUCAUUGAAUUAUGAUUUGAACAAAGAUUAUCCUAAAAUUAAAAAUUGGGCAAACAUAACUCUCAAAAAAUUCAUGAUAAUAUUUUCUGCUCAAACCAUCGGAUUCUUACUUUGUUUUCGCUAUCUUUUUGGUCAUAGUGUAUUCUAUUUUUUGAUGAGUCUCAUAAAACCGACCUCAUCGUCAAAAUAUUCUUUUACAUUCUACAAUUUUUUAUACCAUUAUAGGAUGAUAUUGCUACUCAUUUAUUGGACUAUUUUGGUAAUCAUAUCAUUCAUUUUCUGUUUGUUGAAACCAAAAUCCAAAUUUUGCAAUGAAGAACCCCAUCUGAUUUCAAGGAAUAGCAAAAUCUAUACCGAUGAAUUGAAUAAAACGUUGAAAGCUUAUCACUCUUUCACACUCAUAAUCAAUAGAAAAUUUUUUCACCUUAUAACUAUAUUUAUCAUAGCUCCAGGGAUACUAAUGAACCCAGCUUUGACUUGUGUAUGUUCGGCCGCUGCUUUUGCCCUACUGUUAGAACUCGAACUAUUCCGUUACAUAGCUAAACAGUCUAUUAAGACAAUAGAUCUUGCUGACGAAAACACCAUUUUUAGACGUUUCGCGAAUCUUUUUAAAACCUUUAACGAACGUUUCGAAUCAUUUAGGGAUACGAAAGAUCUUUCUAGCCCUUUAAUUUUAUCCCACAUUUAUUUACUGGUGGGCAUGUGCUUACCAUUCUGGAUAUCCUAUUACCGGCGUUCUAUGUUAUUAAUACUAAUUCCAGAGUCAGUGAAGAAUGCAUCAGCACUAGAGAAUAAAUGGGGCAUACCCACUUGGGCAGGUAUAAUAUCGGUGGGUAUCGGCGAUUCCGCAGCUGCUAUAGCCGGAUCUUACUGUUCCUACCUUAAGGCGAAGUGGCUAUCAACUUUUUAUGAAAGGCCAAAUUUGUUAGAUAAACAACCUACAAAAUAUACUAAAGUUAAUGGAGAUUUAAAGAUGAACUCCUCGAAAAAUAUUCUAGGCUAUCAUUUGGAUCUACCUUUCAAUACUAAUCGAACGGGCAAAAGCGUCACGGGGUGUUUAGUGUCCUUUUUAGCUCAAUCUAUAGCCAUUUAUUGCUUGGUGCAAGCUUCUGGCUUCCCGAAAUUUGACGUUCAUUCCAAUCAAUCAGGUAGGAUAGGCUGUAACUCUAGUCAAAAAUAUAGCGUCCGACAUAAUCCAUUUAAAAAAGCUAUAAAAUAUUGUCCCAUUGGAAAUUCGAAUAAAGACUACGUCGAACCUUAUCUUCAACCAUUUUCGAUAAUCGGCACCGGACCUUUUUGGAUCAAAAUAACGAUUUCUUUGAUUUUGAAUUCUUUUUUGGAAGGUUACACAUCCCAAAAUGACAACAUAAUUAUACCCAUUUGCACAUUUUAUUCUUUUUCACUUUUAUAAGAAAAAACCCAGUGUCAAUCACGGUAGAUAUAUAUAUAUAUAUAUUGGACCAUUCUCAUAACCUAUUGCAAUUAUCUUUAUACGUUUUAUACAUCAUAUUUAAAAAAAUUGUAAUUUAUGCAUGUAGAGUU